AUGAUUUGUUUAAAGUAUCUAAAGCAGGCAUUGCAGAAUGAAAAUGUUUUAACUUUUUUGUUUUCUUAUUUUAUGAGACUAUAAUUAUUAUUCAUAUUUUUUUGGCCUAAAGUCAAAUGAUUAUGCAAUUCUAAUAGGCGGAAUUUUUAUCCUCUUGUCAUUUGCAUUCAUUUGAUUCUUAUUUUUUUUAGCUUCUAAAUUCUGAAUAUUUUGAAAAGGUAUGUUUUGCUGUAUUUCUAUAUUAACAAGAACAUCAGCUUGAAUCUGGACAGAAAAAAUGGAAAUCUUAAAAGUCUUGUAA